CACACACGCCGUGAAGCGACGCGGAGAGGAGGAGAGACCUGCUGCGGCUCGUGCUGCUGCUGCUGCCGCCGGAGCUUCUUCUCAGGGACCAUUAACAGGGAGGACUGAGCUUAGAGCUGGGAGGAAUGAACGCCGCCACAAUCCGCUCCCAUCCUCCUCUACCCGGGCCCCUGUCCCACUGACAACCACUGGAUCACGACCUCCGCCGAACCAGCUCUCGGACGAACAUAAUAUCGGUGACAUCUUGCAACCAUGGAGCUGAGAGUGGGGAACAAGUACCGGCUCGGGCGAAAGAUAGGGAGCGGUUCCUUCGGAGACAUUUACCUCGGUGCCAACAUUGCCACCGGUGAGGAAGUGGCCAUCAAGCUGGAAUGUGUCAAGACCAAACACCCACAGCUGCACAUCGAGAGCAAGUUCUACAAGAUGAUGCAAGGAGGAGUGGGUAUUCCAUCCAUAAAGUGGUGCGGUGCAGAGGGAGACUACAACGUCAUGGUGAUGGAGCUUCUCGGCCCCAGUCUGGAGGACCUCUUCAACUUCUGCUCUCGGAAGUUCAGCCUAAAAACUGUCCUGCUUCUGGCAGAUCAGAUGAUCAGCCGCAUCGAGUACAUCCACUCCAAGAACUUCAUCCAUCGAGACGUGAAGCCCGACAACUUCCUGAUGGGCCUCGGCAAGAAGGGCAACCUGGUGUACAUCAUCGACUUCGGCCUGGCCAAGAAGUACCGGGACGCCCGCACGCACCAGCACAUCCCCUACAGGGAGAACAAGAACCUGACGGGCACCGCGCGCUACGCCUCCAUCAACACGCACCUGGGAAUCGAGCAGUCCAGACGUGAUGACCUGGAGUCCCUCGGCUACGUCCUCAUGUACUUCAACCUGGGCUCGCUCCCGUGGCAGGGCCUGAAGGCUGCGACCAAGAGACAGAAGUACGAACGCAUCAGCGAGAAGAAAAUGUCCACGCCCAUCGAGGUUCUGUGCAAAGGUUACCCUUCCGAGUUCUCCACGUACCUGAACUUUUGCCGUUCACUUCGCUUCGACGACAAACCCGACUACUCGUACCUACGACAGCUCUUCAGGAAUCUGUUCCACCGACAGGGCUUCUCUUACGACUACGUCUUUGACUGGAACAUGCUCAAAUUUGGUGCCAGUCGGACGGCUGAGGACGGGGACCGGGAGAGGAGGGCGGGGGACGACAGGGACGAGCGGAUCGGAGGAGCCCCCAGGGGGUCUGCGUCCCGGGGCCUCCCUCCAGGUCCCAAUCCUGGAGCUCCCAACAGGGUCAGGAACGGGCCGGAGCAAGCCAUCUCUAACCCCGCCUCACGGGUGCAGCAGUCCGGCAACACGUCGCCACGCGCGAUCUCUCGUGCGGAGCGGGAGAGGAAGGUGAGCAUGCGGCUCCACCGCGGGGCUCCCGCCAACGUAUCGUCCUCUGACCUCACGGCGCGUCACGACCAGUCGAGAAUUUCUACGUCACAGGUCAGCGUGCCGUUUGAGCACAUGGGGAAGUAGAAGUCUGUGGCACUGCAUGCACAUGAAACUGACAGGGCUGCAAGGUCUGUUCAUGGCUACGGUUUCUUUUCCUUUUCCUUUCACCUUGUUUUUAUGAAAAGAUGAUCGCUAAUGGACACGUUGGAGAAGGACAGUAAAUCUGAAGGAUCCAGGAAAAUACAUGAAGGUGUCAAACAGGCUUCUUUCUCUCAUGAAUCGCCACAACACAACACAACAGAAGGAAAACGACAGCGCUGCACCCCGGGCCUCCUCCUCCUCGAAAAGUUCUCUUAAAACUCCGACAAAAUGUGAAGAACUGUUGGCAUCUAAGGGGUGAAAAGGCAUCAGGGAAUGACUGAAAAAGGCUUAAUUAACAAAAAAAAAAUCUUAAAAUUCUUUUUGAAAGACGGCUAGAAGACGUGAGGACAUGCAGGUGAGCGGACAGUGGACACACAGGAGGACGUAAAGGACAAGCAAGUGAUGUUUUAGCUGUUGUAAAGUUUCCGGUGAAGUAGCGAUCAUCAUCUCUUUUGUGAUGAUUUCCUCAAAACUUAGCCAUCAGUCUUCACCGCCCCUUACUUUGCCUGUUUGUUUUUUUUUUUUUUUAAGUGUUUGGUUUUAAUGUUAGUGGGUAAAGUGUGAUAAUACAAAGACAACACUCCUGCGUCUUGAGGGAAAAACCUCAGGAAAAUUCGACCAGAGACCACAGCUGCCGAUUUUGGCUAACAACCCGUGGCUGCAAUUUUUACGAUAGUUCUUAAUGUUACCGUUUUUUUUUUUAAUUCUUUUGUUAUUGGAGAUAACGGGGGCAGGCUCUGUUUGCGGGGGGGGGGGGGGCAUCUAAUUAUUUUUGUUUGUUUACUCACUGUAAAUAUGUUUUUUUGUUUUUUUUUAUUUCAACGUAAAGCCAAAUGUGGUUGUUUUUUUUUUUUUUUUUGUUUGUUUUAAGAUGUAAAGUAGAAAAACGUAUACUAAUGGGGGGAAUAGGGGCUGAAUUAUUUGUGGGGGGGGUAUUUAAAGUACAUCUGUGGGUCGGGCUCUUGUUGCUGUGCCAGCUGGGUCAUCCAUCAUUUUGUGUAUGUGUGUACGAGCGAGAGUGAAGCUGAAUCCCUUCUAAGAAACUCACGUUCUGUGUUUGAAUGCGGUUUGUUUUAUCUUAGUCUCUAUUUAUGUCGUUUUAUUCUCCUGUCCUUUUUUAUUCUUGAUUUUCCACUAUUGUAACUUAUUAGAAUUCCCUUUGUUUCCUCUUUCUCCUUCUUCUUCUUCUUCUGUUCCAACUCAAACACUUUUAGGGCUUUUCCCUUCUGCAAAAACUGAACACGCCAAUAGUUUGAUGUCACCUUUUUGUUGUUAACCUCCAGCAACCUCGAAGAUGUCAUUCAGAAGACGGAUGCAAUUGCAGGGAUGUGUAAAUAGCCGUGUGCUGUGUGUGUGUGUGUGUGUGUGUGUGUGAUUACCUUUGUACAGGCCACCGUGGACCCAGUGGCACCAGAACUGUGCGGUGUUGGAAGAGGAAGAGGCGAUUUUUGGGGGAGGGUGGGAUUUCACUUUAUGUAUUGUGUACUGAUAUCAUGUACAGUUCUUUUAACACACUUUAUUUACAGUAUUUGUGUAUAUUUUAUGAAGUAAUAAAACUUAAUAACGUUGCUGACAA